CCUGUGGAUAUGUUGAAGAACAAGAACAAGCUAAAAACACAAGGUUUCACCGUGAAGGCCACCAUGAAGAACUCCGUGGUCGUGGGUCCUCCAGCUGCCGGGGCUUUUCGCGAGCGCCCUUCUAAACCAACCACCUUUCGCAAGUUCUAUGAGCGAGGAGAGUUUCCGAUGGCACUGGAGCAUGACACCAAAGGCAACCGCAUUGCAUGGAAGGUGGAAAUCGAGAAGCUGGACUACCACCACUACCUGCCUCUGUUCUUUGAUGGCUUAUGUGAGACUCUUCAUCCGUACGAGUUCUUCGCCCGCCAGGGAGUCCAUGACAUGCUGGAGCACGGAGGCCCCAAGAUCCAGCCCGUCAUUCCCCAGCUCAUCAUCCCCAUCAAGAAUGCCCUGAACACGAGGAACCGUCAGGUGAUCUGCACCACGCUUAAAGUCCUGCAGCAUCUGGUCAUGUCUGGAGACAUGGUGGGAGAGGCACUGGUGCCCUACUACAGACAGAUCCUCCCCAUUCUCAACAUCUUCAAGAACAUGAACAUCAACUCUGGAGACGGAAUCGACUACAGCCAGCAGAAGAGAGAGAACGUCGGCGACCUGAUCCAGGAGACUCUGGAGGUGUUUGAGCGCUACGGAGGAGAGGACGCCUUCAUCAACAUCAAAUACAUGGUGCCCACCUAUGAAUCCUGCAUGAUCAGCUGA